AUGUAUAGAAAAUAUGCAUGUGCAAUAGGUUUUGAUGUCAGAAAGUCAAAAAACAAAAAGAAGUGUGGAAUUGUGUACAUGAAAAUCUUCUAUGUAACAUGGAAGGUUUCCCAAAUACAUCCCCUUGUUGAUACAACUUUAGACCAAAAAAUAAGUAAAAUUAAAAGAAAGACUUACACUAGUAGCACCGGAUGUAACGCGCGUAUACGAUUUAAAGUUAUUCCUGGAACUACUAAGUGGUGGUUAUAUGAAUUUGAAGAAAAACACAAUCAUCCACUUAUAUCAAGAGACAAUAUGUUGUUUUUACUUCAUGAUUGGCAGUUGGAUGACACUAAAAAAUCUUUCAUUCUUACAAUGUCUAAUCAAAAUAUUGGUGCAACCAUAGCUCACAGGCUGUAUACAAGUAUUCAUGGUGGAUACAAUUUUGUCGGAGGGCUAAUUGAUGACUUCAAAAAUUACAUGAGGGAUCUCAAUUGCGUUAUAGGUGGUAGUGAUGCUCAGAUGCUAGUGGACAAGCUGAAUAACAGAAAAGAGAAUUUGAAUGUUCUUUUCUGGGCAGAUGAAACAUCCAAGAUCAAUUAUAAAGAGUACCAUAUGGUUUUUGUUCCUUUUACUGGAAUUGAUAAUGACAAUUCCGCCUGUCAUGAUGUUUUUGGGACGCCGACGGGUUUAUGGUUACCUACUACUACUACCGAAAUGAACAUCAAUAAAAUUAGGGGUGUAACUGAGUUGAGCCAGUUUGCGAAAAAAGACGUGCACUUGCGAAAUGUCUACCCGCCAGAAGGGAAAAGUGCUCAAAAAAUUCUUUAG